AUCAUAAAGUACAAGACUUCUUGGGACCAGCACCACUGCGAAGUUCUAGGCAUUACUUCAACAUACACCGUCUUUCCCCACCUCGAUGUUGCAUCUAUAGCCGUGUCUGGUUACUGCACCUGCCGAUCAUUCGCAUAUGCGGUGCUAGUAUCCAAGAGCCGUUUUGUGUGA